AUGGGAGCCAAGAGGUCAUCUUCUUACUCAUUUUCGAGUGUAUUCAAGGCGUAUUUCUCAAAUGGAAGCAGACAUGAUCACUAUUGGGAAGGGAGUGGCAGUGGGAGAAGAAUAUUUGUAAGUGAUGAAGAUAGUGAACAUUGGGUUGCUGAGCCUGGUAUUGAUAGAAAAGCCUCUGAUUUCAUUGCUAGAUACUAUGCCACACGAGUCACCGAUUCUAAGCACCAAUUGGCAUCUUAA